AAUGCUUCGUGUUUUUCACGCUACAGAUUCYCACAAACGUUUGUGUUUCUGUUUGCUGGUCAAAACACGACAAACAUGGAGAAAUCCGAAGUGGAUUCAAUUAUAAGAGACAUAUUAGAUACUCACAGAGGAUCAGAGAAGAACAAAAAGAAAAAAACUACCAAAUUUUUUAAGUUUAUCAGCGGAGACGAAAGCCCACUCGAGGCRGUCCAGCUUGCUCUUGGUCGAAACGAAAAACUACAAUAUGCACAAUAUAAAGCCCUUACCGAAAUMAUGAAGUUUAUAGAAAACUUCAACGAAAAUAAGAUUGGAGAGUGUGUUGAGACUCUUGGCAGAAUUCUUUUCCAGUGCAAUCUGCUCAAAGUUCUUCAACGUAUUCUACAACUACGACUACCAGACGAAAGCAUCUGUCAAAAUGUACCUUGGAAAAUUGUCCACUACUGUGGAUUGACAAUCUUGACAACAGUUGUAGACUUUUCWAAAAAACUUGACCAUUUCACCAAAACMCUWGUKGAAACUGAUACUGUUGAACUGUUUAUGGACUAUAUAGAAGGUAAAGAUGAUAUAAUAACUUGCUAUCCAGCGGUACACGGGCUGGCAUCUUUGUGUUGCAAUAGUCUUGAGGCAAGAGAAAGAGUUAUAUUUGCAAAUGGUUUGUCUAAACUUGGACAUUAUGUAUACAAGGAYAACUGUCAUAAACUUCACGUUAAGGCCUAUAAGCAAGGCUUACAGAAGUAUCAGAUUGAUGAACUUGACAGACUCAAACURGUUCAUCUUGGAAAGGAACAUUUUAAAGGAGAUAUGUACGCAGGACGGCGUGAUACUAACUACCACGUAUUACUGAAAUGGAGCAGAAAGAUCCAGAAAGCUUCUGCACAAAUAAUUCUAAAGAUAGCAGAACAGAACGACCGACACAGAAAACUUGUUUUUGAAGAUAAAGUUAUAUCAAAAGCUAUUAUCAAGUGGAUUAAGUCACCAGCGAUCUUAGGAGGAGAGGUCGAUAUGAUUGACAUGUCCCUUCAGAUGAUUGCCACACUGUCAGUUAACCAGGAAAUAGCCAAUAAAUUUGUGAAUGAAUACAACAUUGCACAAUACCUUGAGUAUGGAGCAAGCAUUCCAGACCGCGAUCUCUAUCUAGCCUAUACGAGUGUUUACCUACAACUAUGUACCAUGGGAGGGUCCCCUAGAGAAGUCAUUGGUAACAGUGAGAAAAUUCUGCAAAACUUAGCCAUAUUUGUUCACUCUCAUGAUAAGAAGAUGAGAGAAUCUGUUUUGAAGACACUAGUGCGGCUAGUGAGCUUUGGACCAGACUAUGCAACUAAAGUCAUCCAAUGUGGCAUCAAACCAAAGACACUGAUGUUGCUAUCAAGCUUUUAUGAGGAUGAUAAUGGCUACUGCAAGACMCUCAAGCAAGCCCUCAACAGAGGAKCAUCAAGGYGASUCCAUUACAAUGUGGAUGUUCAGUUAUUUAGUAAAUCUGAUAUUUCCAGGCUGUGGAAAAAAGAAGAAGGAUUGUUUGAUAAAACACCACGUGAGUUCUUGCUAACUCUCGAUGCCGACCAAGCUGUACGACUAAAAGAUAUUGGCAAUGAUAAAUUUAAGAAUGAUGAGUACUUGGAGGCUAUUGUCUUCUAYUCAAAAGCCUUGGAUGUUUGUCCUCCRGCAGAAAAGCAGCAAAAAGGAGGAAGUGAAAUUUGGAAAUGGUGGGUCACACCAGCAGCUCUCUAUAGCAACAGAGCUCAGUGUUACUUGAAAACACAAGACUGGCUAUCAGCRCACUUAGAUUGCACACAGGCCAUAGCUAGAUGUAUGGAAGAUGAUCCSAAAGCAGCCAGUCUUCUUACUAAAACUGUAUAUCGUCGAGCCAAAGCUCUGAUGGAACUUGGACACUACCACGAGGCAUUAAAUGAUGUAGCAGUAUGCAUGCGCGAUAAUAACUACAAAAACGACGACAUAGUAUCCUUAUAUAGACAGAUCCURGUCAGGUACCGUCAGUAUGUCGGCCUGGAACCAAUAAGGCGUUGCGCUGUUUGUUUGGAAGGUGAAGGUGAAAAGCUAAAGAGAUGUGCUAAUUGUAGUGAAGUGUAUUGCUCCAAGGAAUGCCAGGUUUUUGGAUGGGACAAYGGACACAAACAAUAUUGCAACGUAGAAUAAAACAACUGAAAAUUAACCUACAAAAUAAUACACUAGCCUUGCAUUGUAACCUAAAAUCAGAUGGCUUAAGAGAUGGCCUAGUUCAAAAUAGUACAUUGUAGAGGUGGAUUGAUCAUUCAACAAGAAUUCCUUCAAAGCUUACAAGCUUUUACCCAUGUUASCAUGGUACAAACCAUCUUACCUUGCCAUCAGCAAGAUUUAUCRUUAUUGAAAUGUUACAGUUACAGUAAAAUUAUAUUUCUGGGCCAGGUUGUUCAAAGCCCGAUUAGUAUUAAUCCAGGGUUAACUCCUUAAUUUUUCUAGUUAACCCUGGAUUAGCACUUAUCAGGCUUCGAACAACCCAGCCCUGUAGUUUGAGACAAACUAGUUUGAUUUCAAUUAUCAGGGUACAGAUUAUUAUCGUGUGAUGUAAAUUUAUAUUUAACUUUAAGUUUGUGAAAAUAUUUCCAUCAAGUGGUGUUGUUAGUUUUAUUCAUAACUUUUUGUGAGGAUCCCGACAGUCAAGGAUCCCUGUGUUAGGAAAGAGGGAUCCUUACAAAGGUGUCUGAAAAUGUUGAUAUUGUAAUAAUUAAUAGAUUGUUAUUGCGCACAAUAAAAGUAACUUCAAAUAGAAA